AUGCCGGCCGUCGUCCCCCCGCAGGCCGCGCCGCGGUCGUCGUCGUCGGCGACGCUGGCCAUGGCCGACGGCGAGGGUGGCACGCAAGGCUCUCCCCCCGAACGGCUUCACGACCUCAAGCACGACAGCUCUGUAUUGGCCAUUGCCGUCAGCGGCGAGUACGUUUUUGCCGGCACACACGAUGGUGAGAUUCUCGUGUGGUCCCUCGACAGCUUCCAGCAGGUCACCCGCAUCCAAGCCCACAAGCGCAGCGUCCUGUGCCUGUUCAUGUCGCCAGCCGGCACGGCAUCCUCGACAUUCUCGACAUCCUCUACAUCCUCCACUUCCUCGACAAACCCCUCGACAGACUCCUCUUCCCUCCCACCCGGCCCCCUCCUCGUCUCGUCUGCUGGCGACGCCACCAUCAGCAUCUGGUCCCCAACGACCUUCCAGCGUCUGUACGAAAUCUACAGCACCUACGACGUCGGUGACAUCUUUAGUGUCGCGUUGUCCGUGCAGCACCAGACCGUCUACAUUGGCGCCCAAGAUACCACCAUCCAGUGGGUCAAGGUCAACGACCCGCGCCGCCGCGUCACCCCCGAAUCGGCUCACCACCCGGACAAGCGCCAGCACCGCUUCUUCGACUCCAAGGCCGUGGGCGGCACCACGACGCCGCGCCGCAACGAGGAGCGGUGGGGUCUGAUACCACGUGCUCAGACCGUGCUCGAAGUACACCCGAGCGCCAUCCGCCAGUUUGCGCACUAUGGUUACGUGUACAGCAUGCUGAUGGCGCGGGGGCCGGCGCAUAACUUGGGUGUGGACGAGGAGGUGUUGAUUUCCGGUGGCGGCGACGGCACGGUUAAGGUGUGGAAGAUUGGGCAGGUCGCCGAGGGCGGUGCUGGACAUGUCGACAAGGAGGAGGCGGACGACAGCGACGACAUGGACGAGACCGGCGGCACGAUCCGCGAGGUCAUGACGCUGGGCCAUGACGACGGCGCAUCCGUGCUGUCACUGGCUAUUGACGGCUCGUUCCUAUACUGUGGCAAGCUGGACGGCGUCAUUGAGCUCUGGGACCUGGACACGCGCCAGCGCCUGCGCGUCAUCAAGGCCCACAACAGCGCCAUUAUGACGCUGCAGAUGAACUGGGGCGCGCUCAUCAGCGCCUCUGCCAACGGCUUUGCCGCCAAGCACAACACUGUCCACUACGGCGGCGCUUCCUCCGACGACCUGUCGUCCUCGUCUGCCUCUGCGUCCACCGAGACCGUCAGCGUCAGCCAAAAGUACCAGUGCAUCAGCCGCUGGCAGGCUCACGACGGCAAGGUUCUGGCCUCGGCCACCACAACGUACAAGAAGGCCCGCCUCUACAUUACGGGCGCCAACGAUGAGAUCGUCAGCAUCUGGCGCGUGGGCGAUCGCUGCAGCACGGGUGCCCUGGGCGAUGGCCAGACGGCUGCCAAUGGCGAUUCGGCCGCUGUCGCAGCGGCGGAAGACGUCAUGAUUGUGAACCUGCGCGACUUUGUCGCCUACAAGACGGUGUCGUCGCGGCCCGAAUUUGCCGAGGACUGCCACCGCGGCGCCACGUUCCUCUGCUCGCUCUUCAAGAAGCUGGGCGGCGAGGUCGAGAUGCUGCAGACCCGCGACAAGGCCCACAACCCGGUGGUGUAUGCCAAGUUUGCGGGCAAGCAGCAGCAGGAGGUACACGAGGGCACGUCUGAAACCAGGCGCAAACGCAUUCUGUUCUACGGCCACUACGACGUCGUUGCCGCCGACACGAAAAAGGGCAAGUGGUUGUCGGAUCCGUUCGCCCUGAAGGGCGUCAACGGCUAUCUGUAUGGCCGCGGCGUCAGUGACAAUAAAGGGCCCAUCAUGGCGGCGCUGUAUGCCGUGACCGACUUGUUGCAGGCCAAGAGUCUCGAGUCGGACGUUAUUUUCCUGAUUGAGGGCGAAGAAGAGACUGGGUCGCGCGGUUUCCAGGAGACGGUGCGCGAGCACCAGGCCCUGAUUGGUCCCAUCGACUACAUUCUGCUGGCCAACAGCUACUGGCUCGACGACGAGACCCCGUGCCUGACGUAUGGCUUGCGCGGCGUCCUGCACGCCACCGUCUGCGUCGACUCGGCCAACCCGGACCUGCACUCGGGCGUCGACGGCUCCUACAUGAUGGCCGAGCCGUUGUCGGACCUGACCAUGGUCCUCUCGAAGCUCAAAGGACCACGCAACCGCGUCAUGAUUCCCGCCUUUUACGACGGCGUCCUGCCCCUUCGCCCCGAAGAAGAGGCCCGCUUCGACGCCAUCACCAGCAUGCUCGUCCAGCGCAACCCCGACACGAGCGAGCCCGCCGAUAUUUUGAAGGCCGGGCUGAUGUCCCGCUGGCGCGAACCCAACCUGACUAUCCACCGCUACAAGGUGUCCGGCCCGGACGGCAGCCUGGUCAGCUGCCACGCGUGUGCCAACAUUAGCUUUCGGCUGGUGCCGGGCCAGGAGCUCGACGACAUUGUUGCGAGCCUCGAGGCGUUUUUGCAGAGCGAGUUUGCCGCGCUCGAGUCCACGAACACGCUGACCGUGCACGUCGACAACAAGGCCGAGCCCUGGCUGGGCGACCCGGACAAUUACAUUUUCCAGACACUCGAGGCGGCCAUUAUCAAGGCAUGGGGGAUGGACGGCCCGGUUGUUGCGGUGGAGCCGGAGGAGGAGAAGGAGAAAAAUGUCGAGGCGACAACCGAGACGGCAACCGAGAUGGCAACCGAGACGGCAACCGAAGCGGCCACAACGGCGAGGACUGCCGUGCCGUCGCCUGUCUACAAAGCCCGCCGCCCCCUCUACAUCCGCGAAGGCGGCUCGAUCCCCGCGAUCCGGUUCCUCGAAAAACAGUUUGGCGCGCCCGCCGCGCACCUGCCGUGUGGCCAGGCCAGCGAUGCGGCGCAUCUCGACAACGAACGCCUGCGUGUCGUCAACCUGCUCAAGAGUCGGGCUAUUUUCAAACAGGUCUUUGAGACCUUGUAG